UACCAUAGUUCAAACGGCAGUAGUUCAAAUGAGAAUCCACAGCCAAGAUAUUCUGAACUAAACAAGAAUGUCGUCUUGACAAAAAAAUAUUUCUGAAUCAGCUGUAUAAUAAUAACGCAUUGUGUACACACCAAAUAACCGGGAAACUGGUGCUGUGAAAGCGUCCUACGGGUAACCUGUCCUAAAUCUCAAUAUAUUUAGUGUUUUUCGUUAAUUUUUGAAAGAAUUUGACAUUUUUUCAGAAUCAUGUUGGAUGUGGGCGUUGGCUGGGCAGCAUUCAAUAAUUUUGAGAAUAUUGCUUUUGAUUCAGAAAAAGAAGAAUUUUCUGAAUUUAUCGAAAUGUGGAAUAAUAGACUUCAAGAUGCGCUAGAUGCUGGCCUAGAAUAUUCUAAUUCUCUACUGGCGUUUAAUCUUCUACGAAGUUCAAAUCUCUCCGCGCAUGUACAGUCCCGUGUACUGUCUGCGAUACAGUUGGAGUACGACGAAGAUUGUGACAUCAUUCAUCUUGUUAUUCAAAUUCUGGACAAAGAAUUUGUUCAGGAUUCACUCACAAUUCUAGAUCAGGAGGAAGUAAAGAUUAAGAUUGAAGAGAAUCCAGAGGAAGACCUCGACCAAGAAACUUCCAAUGAGAUAGGAGAAGCUAGGUUCCGAGGAUGAUAAUGGUGCGCAAGAACCGGUCCCCCAGCCUACUCCUACUCAACCUCUGAGCCCUAAUCCAUCCUUGAGCCCAGCUACUCUCCUUAAACUAAAGAUUGACGAGGUUUCCAAAAAUAUCAGGGGAAAAAUCAAAGGUUCAGGUUUCUGCCUGUUCUGUGACAAGUACAUUGUAUCACUGCGUAGACAUAUUAAACAAAAGCAUCUAGAAGAAAGCAAAUUGAUCCAAAAUAUGCCGAAAAAGAUAAAAAUGCACACUUGCACAGUUUGUAGCAAAGCAUUCAAGGAAAAUGGAAAUUUAAAGAAACACAUGCGGAUUCACACGGGAGAGAAACCCUACACUUGUACUACGUGUGAAAAGUCUUUUACAGAGUCCGGAGGAUUGGUUCUACACAUGAGAACGCACACUGGCGAAAAGCCCUACUCCUGUGAUGUUUGUGGAAAACAAUUCUCCAGGAAUGGGGGACUAACUGAACACAUGAGAAUUCAUACGGGAGAAAGACCCUACUCUUGCACUGUCUGUAAGAAAACCUUCAAUCAAUCAACCAAUUUAACAGCGCACAUGAGAGCUCAUAGUGAUGAUCCUCCAACCUGCACCAUCUGCCAGAGAACGUUUGUAAAACCGACCACUUUGACAAUACACAUGAGAACUCACACUGGAGAGAGACCCCAUAUUUGCCCUACUUGUGGUAAAUCCUUCAUAUCUAAAACAUCGUUGGGUAGACACAUAAGGUUUCAUUCAGCUGAGAAGAAAUUCUCUUGUCAUGUCUGCACCAGGGCGUUUGUUGAAUCCGGUAAUUUACGCAAACACAUGAGGAUUCAUACUGGUGAGAAGCCUUACACCUGCACAACAUGCAACAAAUCAUUUACUGAAUCCAGUACUAUGGUUAAACAUAUGAAAACGCAUACCGGAGAAAAACCUUUCUCUUGUGAAAUAUGUGGAUUAUCGUUUACCAGAAACGGAGGAUUGACCGAACACAUGAGAAUUCAUACUGGAAUAAAACCCUACUCCUGCCUGGUUUGUAAAAAAUCUUUCAAUCAAUCCGCAAAUUUGGUGGUUCAUUCAAGAAUUCACACUGGCGAAAGACCAUAUUCUUGUACUCAAUGUGAGAAAACGUUUGUAACCACAAGUAACCUGGCAAGUCACAUGAGACUACACACUGGUGAACGACCACAUACCUGUUCUCUUUGUAAGAAAUCCUUCAGUCAAUCUUCGACUCUAACCCUGCACAUGACAACCCACACAGAUGAGAGACCUCAUAAAUGUUCUAUAUGUAGCAAAUCCUUUAAAAGAACUACUACACUCAACAAGCACAAGAAAACUCACAAGAAUUCUAUUAUUCCAGAAUUGAAAUCUGAGAUUGAGCAUGAACCUGAACCCGAAAACGAUACUGAAAAUAUAUCUAAAACUCAGCUUUCAGAGAAAAAAAUGUUGAACGUAGAGAACGGUUGGAAUGCAUUUAUUAAUUUUGAGAAUUGUGUUUUUAAUCCCGAGAAAGAAGAUUUUUCAGAUUUUAUUGAGAUGUGGAACAACAGACUUCAAGAUGCGGUAGAUGCUGGCCUAGAAUAUUCAAAUUCUCUACUGGCGUUUAAUCUUCUACGAAGUUCAAAUCUCUCCGCGCAUGUACAGUCCCGUGUACUGUCUGCGAUGCAGUUGGAGUACGACGAAGAUUGUGACAUCAUUCAUCUUGUUAUUCAACUUCUGGACAAAGAAUUUGUUCAGGAUUCACUCACAGUUCUAGAUCAGGAGGAGCUUAUUCAGAUCAAGAUUGAGGAUAAUGAAGAUUAUAUUGUUCCACUUAAAAUUCAUGUCAAGAAUGAAAAAAUAAAGAAAAUAGUAGAAGCUAAGAAAGAAAUUCAGGAUUCUGAAGAUGAAGUGAAAAAUCUUGAGUCAAUUCAAGAUCUUGAAGAGCUUAACCCUUCACCACCAUUACCCUUUCCUUCAGCACAUCUAGAACCACAAAGUACAUUGACACCCCACACGCCUUCAGUGGCAAAUAGUCAUAUGGCACCACAAAGUCAUCCAUCCCAUGAAGCACCACUAAGUCCUUUAGUCCCACAAAGCCCCUCAGCUUCACAAAGUCCAUCAGCAGCUUUCUUAAGUUCAUCUCGAUCUCCCAGCCCUUCCUCGUGUCUUAAACUCCAGAUGAAAGAGGGUACUAAAGAAAAUCAGGGAAAAGUAAAGGGUACUGGAUUUUGCCUAUUUUGUAAUAGGUACAUCAUCAAUUUGCGAAGACAUAUUAGGCAGAAACAUAAAGAAGAAAAUGAAAUUCUUCAGAAACAACCUGUUGAAAAAAAGUUGUUCAUAUGUCCAGUCUGUAAUAAGCAAUGUAAAGAAAAGGGCAAUUUAAACAAACACAUGAGAACUCACACUGGAGAGAAACCAUACUGCUGUGCCACAUGCGGGAAAUCAUUUACCGAGUCUGGUAGUUUAAAUGAACACAUGAGAAUUCACACAGGGGAAAAGCCCUUCUCUUGUCAUAUAUGUGGGAAACUUUUCACCAAAAGUGGAAGUUUGAAAUAUCACAUGAAAAUUCAUACGGGAGAACCAAGGCAACCUAAGGGACCCAGGGCAACCUGUUCUACAUGUAAUAAAUCUUGUCUUAAUCUUCAAAGUUUAAAAAUUCAUGAAAGAAUUCAUACUGGCGAGAAACCCCACUCAUGUACUAUUUGCGGGAACUCGUUUUCUUUCUUAUCAUCCUUUAACAGACACGUUCGAGGUCAUUCAGAUGAAAGGCUGUUCCCUUGCACUGUCUGUGAGAAAUCGUUUAAAGAAUCGGGUAAUUUGAAGAAACACAUGAGAGUGCAUACUGGUGAGAAGCCGUAUACCUGCACCACCUGCAACAAAUCAUUUACUGAUUCCAGUUCGUUGACAAAACACAUGAAUAUUCACAGUGGUUUGAAACCUUUCUCUUGUGAAGUAUGUGGAUUAUCUUUCUCACGAAAUAGUGGAUUGACAGAACAUUUCAGAAUUCAUUCAGAUGAAAAACCUUAUUCAUGUUCAGUUUGUUCUAAAUCUUUUAAACAAUCUACAAACUUAUCAGUUCAUAUGAAACUACACACUGGUGUGAGGCCGCAUGCAUGUACACAAUGUGACAAAACAUUCAUAACUUCAAGUAACUUGACAAGCCACAUGAGACUGCAUAGUGGAGAAAAACCACAUACUUGUUCUCUUUGUAAGAAAUCCUUUAGUCAGUCUUCGACACUAACCCUGCACAUGACAACCCACACAGAUGAUAGACCUUAUGAGUGUUCUAAAUGUAGCAAAUCAUUUAAAAGAACCACUACACUAAACAAGCACAAGAAAACUCACAAGACAACAGUUGUUUCAGAAUUGAAAUCUGAAACCGAAAUUAUUCAGUGAACAAAUUUCUCAUUGGAUAAUAUUGAAUGCUACAUUAAUACAUUAAUAUCCAUUGUGGCUAUUUUUGACCAGGUCUCUACCCUAACUUCUACGGAAUGAUGGUUGAUCGCUUGUUUUAUAGUUUGUCUGAGUAAAGAAAUUAUCUCUAUUUUCUAGAACAAAAAGACUGUAGACGUAAUUACAAGUGACUGAGUGGUAUGUCCGAUUCACAGCAAUAUCCUUUAAACUUCUAUUUGAUAAAACAAUGAGGAAAAUAUCGUCGUUUUUCUUUCUUGAAAAUCUCAAAUUCCCGCAAUUAUAAAGCUGCAAGUAGUUUAUCAGAGAACGCACAACUAAACAUAAUCAAUUUUGAGCUAAAAAAUAAGAAUAUCUCGUCAUCCUUGACAAGUUAAAGGUUUAAAUGGUAUCGUUGUGAAUCGACCAUGCCACUCUUUAAAUGAUAAAGAAUCACUUAAAAUUAUGUCAUUAGUUCUUUAAAGGUCAAAAGAUUAUAUCUUAACUAACCUUUGACCUUUAUAAAAUGUGUUUAAACAUAAAUAAAUUAGAAAAUAAAUGUGGCCUGGAAAAAAAAAGAUAUUAUGUUAAAUAU